AAGAUGAAGAUAUCAUUUCUCCUACUUGGUAUUUUAUUUGCCACAGUGGCUGUAUUCGGAGCAGGUCUAUUGGACGAAGGACCCGCUGCAGACACGAAGCAGCUCCCGAGAAAAGCGAGUUUACAUCUCCGGAAGAAAAGACAAGAACCAAUUCCUGCCCUGUUUUCUGGAAGUGGUAUGGUAGCACCUGUUGCCGUCCAUAAUGCCCACGGUGCCGAAGACGGCGAUGGCAAAGACAAGGAUGCAAAGCACGAUGUGGAUGUGAAAGUGGACAUUAACGCUCACAAAAUCCGAUUGGCCUCCAUCGACAUAGACGUCGACAUUGGUCGGUAA